AUGAUCAACUUUCAGUCAAUUGUUUCGCAAUUUUUUGAGUGUCUCUCAUUAUGCAUUGUCAAACGGCCAUUGCCUUUUCUUUUACUACCUCCUUUAUUCACUUUUCUUCUCAUCGCUUUUGCCUCUUAUGAUUUUCGACUCAAUGUCAGCACUGAUACAUUAAAGGUUUUUCUCCCCGAUGAGAUUGAGUCUCUUCAAAAUUUGAACGAGUUGAUGCGACUUUUUCCACCAUCUGAUCCACAAAGAGACUCCUACUCGGUGUUGGGCUCAAAAUUUGCCUACACAACUUUGGAGGAUUUUUCGACAGAAAGAAACAUUAUCUCAAAUAAAAAUCUCCAGAAGUUGGCAAAACUGCAUCGAUUCGUCAGCAGUGUAAAGACAAAUACUGGUGUCACUUAUCAAUCAGUAUGUCUACGUUCAUCUCCAACCGAUGGAUGCAUUCAACAUCCUCUCGCAUUUGCUCUCGAAGAUUCGGAUCCCCAAUUGAGCAUCGGAUUCAUGCUUCGAUAUCCACAAUUUGUCAUCGCCAAUUCGAGCAUUGAUUAUGCAAUGAUGCUCGGCGGAGUGAAGGUCAAAAAGCCAACCGACAAACACGGAAAUGGUGCUGUCAUGUCAGCGAGAGCUUUACGACUCUAUUAUUUACUAGAUUUCAGUUCAAAAGCCGACGAAUGGAUUGAGACUUUUCUGAAAGAAGUCACUAAAGUCGAGCUCGGAAAUACAAAACUUUUCUAUUCAUCUUCUCGUUCAUUACCCAAAGAAAUUGAAAGAAAUGGAGAGUUGCUGAUUCCAUGGAUUCCAGUGAUGAUUCUCGUGCUUGUUGUAUUGUGUAUGGGGAUUUGUUGCGAACGGGAUGUUGUCCGCUCACAACCAAUCGUUGGCCUUGCCGCUCUUCUGUGCGCUCUUCUCGCCACAAUUUCAGCUCUCGCUCUUCUGAUCGGCACUCAUUAUCCAUUUCUUCCACUUGUCACCAUCAUGCCCUUUCUAAUCAUUUCAAUCGGUGUCGACAAUGCUUUUCUUCUAUUGAAAAGUUGGCGUUUACAAGAAGCAAAUUUAUCCGCGGAGGAUAGAUUUGUCUCAGCUGUUACUGAAACCUCGGCUUCACUUCUUCUCACCUCACUCACUGAUGGCCUUUCUUUUUCUAUCGGAAGUUUAUCCGAUUUCCAUGCUGUUCGUGUUUUCUGUACUUACUGUGCCUUAGCUGUGCUAUUUCUUUUUAUCUAUCAAGUGACAUUUUUCUCGGCUGCAAUGCUUAUUCUUUGUCGUCGAGAAAUCGCUCAGAGACACUGUAUUUUUAUGUGGAAAAAGGUGAAAGUUCGAAAACCAGAAAGUGAUCGAUCUUCUUGUGGAUCUCAACGACAAAUUAUGCCGAAACAAAAAGAGUCAAGUUCUGUGGGAGAAAGCCUAGCCGCUCUCAUUCAACAGCCUUGUUCCAAGUUUCUCAUCCUUCUCACUUAUUUUGGUUAUCUAGGACUUUCAAUCUACUAUUGUGCUCGGCUUCCAAUUGGUCUUGAUCUAAAAGAUCUGACUCCCGAUGGAUCGUAUGUGGCUGAAGAAUUGGCAUCUCAAGAAAGAUUAUUCAAUGAUUAUGGUCAAUUUUGUUUUGCUGUCAUCGAUACAUCUUCAAUUCGACUUUGGGAGCUCGAUGACCGAAAGAGAUUGAUCUCGUUAUACAAAAAGUUAGGAAGUGAGCGCUAUGCCUCAACCUAUGAGUUCUGGUUAUUAAAAUUCGAUGAAGUUCUUCCAAAAAAGUCAGUCAAUGAGGCUUUCUUUAUGCAAAAGCUCAUGUGGUUUCUUCGACAAAAGCAAUUUGAGCAUUUCAAGAAAGACAUUCGUUUCACGGGUUCGGGAACGAUUUCCCAUGUGAAGAUGUUGUUUCGUCUAAGGCAUUUGAGUCCAACAACAGACGCUCCACGACGAACCUUUAUGACCUCAACGAUUGAGAAGUCGAAAUUUCAAGGAUUUGCAUAUGAUACUAGUUUUCUUCUCGUUGAACAACAGGCGGCUUCGGUGAAAGCAGUGCUCUCUAAUGCAGCUCAAGCCUGUGUAGCGAUGCUUCUCAUUUGUAUGAUUCUCGUGCCUCGACUUGUCUCCUCUUUAUGCAUCGCUGCGGCAAUCGUUUCGAUCAAUGUCGGAGUGGUUGGUUGUCUAUCAGCAGCUGGUACACGACUCGAUAUCAUCUCAAUGAUCACUAUUGUCAUGUCAAUCGGUUUCUCCGUUGACUACGUUGCGCACUCGACAUUUCAUUUCGUCAUUCAUCGACACGAUAGAUUAAAGCAUUCAUUGGGCGUUACAUGUGCUCCAAUCUGGCAAGCGGCCCUCUCAACUGUGGCUGGAGUGCUAAUGUUGAUCGCUGUUCCCUCAUAUAUUGUGCGUACUUUUGUUUACACGACGGUUUUUGUCGUGUUGAUUGGUGUGGCUCAUGGUCUUGUCUUUUUGCCCGCACUGCUCGAUUCUGUGGUUCCAUUAUCGGAAUUUUUGGAACCCUACCAGCCGAAGAAGUCAUCAAACUCUCGUGGGAAUACUCGGAAAAUUUUUAACACACACAAUCGUUUGGAUUGCUAUGGGAAACGAGAUUUUCAGCUUAGUAAACCAGUCACGCAGGAGAAAAUCUACUGUGAGCCCCCGAGAUUGGAUGUCCCAGCUACACCUCCUCGACUUCUUCCACAAAACAUUCCCAUUUAUGAAAACACUCGUACACACCAUUUAUCAACUAGAAAAUAU